GCGUACCUCCAUAAAGAGUACCUGAUUAUAAAAUACGCUUCAUCAUGUGCGAGAUCCCUGGAUGGUCCAGAGUCCACUCGCCUGCACUGCUGCGUUGCCCUGGGGAGCCAUAAAAACCUGACUUCCUCGAUCUACCAACCCAUACAUCUUUAGCCAAUACAUCCACCUUCGGAUCCAAGGCCUUUUUCGAGUCAUCCAUUUUAUUCAAUAACACGUGUAAAUACCCCACCAUUACCGGGUUUUGAGAUCACAGUGACACAGUCCUCUCCUGUCGCUUGGAUAACACAACCAUAAAAGAGCAUCGGGUACCGCGUAGGUUAGUUAGUUCCUGCUGUUCCAACUGUUUUCCUAAAUCCCCUUCUUCGAGUCUCAACAUCGUUUUACCCGAGUUGCAACGAGCUGACCUCGAGGCUUCUUUCGAUGGCUGGCAGAGUGAACCAAUUGAUUAACCACUUGAAGGGUGAUACUAUAAAUACAAUGUCGGUCCAGGCAGAGAGUUGGCAUGGCGUUCCCCAGGCUCCUCCGGAUAGUAUCUUCAAGUUGACUGCGGCGUACAAGGAGGAUACUUUCCCUCAGAAGAUCAACCUCGGAGUAGGCGCAUAUCGUGAUGAUGAGGAUAAACCAUGGGUCUUGCCUGUCGUCAAGAAGGUAACCGAAAUUCUUUUGAAUGACCCGGGUCUGGAUCACGAGUAUCUCCCUAUCACUGGACUUCCUUCUUUCACUUCUGCGGCUGCCAAACUCAUCUUGGGAGCAGACUCACCUGCGAUUACUGGGGAUCGUGUUGCGAGUGUACAAACUAUCUCCGGAACGGGUGCGAAUCAUCUCGGUGCACUUUUCUUGAGCCGAUUCUAUGGCUUCGGUGAGGGUGGAAGGAAGGUCUGGUUAAGCAAUCCUACAUGGGUCAAUCAUUUCGCCAUCUUCAAUAACGUCUCUAUCGAACCUAUUACCUAUCCUUACUACGAUCCCGAUACCAUCGGACUUGCCUUCCAACCUUUCCUCAACACGCUUCGCACCGCAGCCCCACGCUGCGUCUUCCUCUUGCACGCUUGUGCUCACAAUCCUACUGGUGUAGACCCCACGAGGGAACAAUGGGGUCAGAUUGCUGAUGUUAUCCUGGAGAAAGGACAUUAUGCAUUCUUCGAUUGCGCUUACCAAGGGUUUGCAAGUGGUGAUUUGGAAGGAGACGCAUGGGCUGUACGCGAAUUUGUCAAGAGAGGUGUGCCGUUAUUGGUUUGCCAGAGCUUUGCGAAGAAUGCAGGUUUGUAUGGUGAACGUGUAGGUGCUUUGCAUGUUGUGGCUCCUACGAAGGAGGCUGCGCAACGUAUCAAGAGCCAAUUGUCUGUACUACAACGGAGCGAGAUCAGUAACCCUCCUGCCCACGGCGCCCGUCUUGUGUCGUUAAUCCUGAACGACCAGACGCUCUUUGACGAAUGGAAGCGCGACAUCAGGACAAUGGCUGGUCGGAUCAUCGAGAUGCGCAAAGAGCUGUUCCGACUGUUGUCUGAAGAGCUCAAGACGCCUGGAAAUUGGGAACACAUCGUGAAUCAGAUUGGAAUGUUCAGGUGGGGAAGCUUCAGUCAAAGUGAAACUCUCCAGGUCUGGACUGGAUGACAGGGAUCGUUGGCCCAGUCUAGAGCAUGGUCAGCCGGUUGUGGUUGUGGUUCUCGCGGUCGCUUUAGGACGAAUUGCAGUGCGGGAAGGGGAGAAGAAUGGGCGCUGCAUGGGAAGUCUUUGUGCUUAAUAGAGUCACCUGAGGUGAUGAUUUCAUUUAGGAAGCGACGACUGCUGGCAGUUUCUUUUUUGCUGUCCUAGUGUUGUUUUUCCUGUUCUGGAUCAAGGACUGACGGAUGUUUUACGUGGGU